CAUUUUAAAGUGAACCUCUUUGAAUCUAAUCAAAUAAUAACAAGUCUAUAGUUUACAGUUGAGUGCGUCAUGACGCACACGCGCACAGACGUGUACAGGCACGCACGCACGCACGCACUGUGAUAACCGGAAGCAUCAGUAGAAGCGAUUGAAAAACAGCGAGAGAAUUCAUCACCUGUCGAUUGCGUUCAUAUAUCUCUCUUGCACACCCAUUAAUCGCCAUAUCCCAGUUCCAUAACACUUAUGCUCUUUCUUUAAUUCUCUGUCGAGUUGGUUCGUACGGAAAAGCAGAGUUGGCUGUGAAAUUCAGUGCGCAAACAGGCUUUUUAAAGGUGCGUUGAAGCCUCGCGGUAGAACAAAUGUAAACAAGUAACAGAUCAGCUGUGCGGCCGAAGACACGCGACGGAACGGCGUGAUGACAGCGAGCCACAGGGUUUGACAAACAUAUUCUGCAGCAUUUAAAGCGAAAUUAGUGUUUGUUUGUUUUUUGCAUGCUGUAGAGUUUUUUUUUAAACGUUAGGUCAGUAGACGAAGACACCUCCCAACUCUCGCCUUCUCCUCCAUUGCGGGCAGCAACAGAUAUCGAAAAAGAAAAAAUAACACUCGUUUUUUCCCACUGCGUCUAGAGGGUGAUAAAUAGACUUAUGUAUCUUUAUCUUUCAUUGAGGACUGGCUAUCUUCACGUCUAACGGAAAAAGCAACAAUAUUUGAGAAAUAACAAGACGAGAAAUAGGGUUAACGGUCCCUUCUGGGCCCCAAGGUAUGAACAAAUAUCAGCCACGUAUUAAUAUUUACAUGAAGCUGGAAGUUUGAGGCACCCAAGCAUCACAUUUCCUGGGGAACACCGCAGUACCUCUGACGGAUUGGGACUGUCAUGGCACACCAGCAGAUGCCGAGCUCCCAGAAAGCACUGAUGCUGGAGUUGAAAUCUCUGCAGGAGGAGCCAGUGGAGGGUUUCCGCAUCACUCUGGUGGAGGAGUCGGACCUCUACAACUGGGAGGUGGCGAUCUUUGGGCCCCCAAACACGCUCUACGAAGGUGGCUACUUCAAGGCCCAUAUAAAAUUUCCUAUUGACUACCCAUAUUCUCCCCCGACCUUCCGAUUCCUCACCAAGAUGUGGCAUCCAAAUAUCUACGAGAAUGGCGAUGUAUGUAUUUCAAUCCUCCACCCUCCUGUGGAUGACCCCCAGAGUGGAGAGCUCCCCUCAGAACGAUGGAACCCCACACAGAAUGUCAGAACAAUCUUGUUGAGCGUGAUCUCACUGCUGAACGAACCCAACACCUUUUCUCCUGCAAAUGUGGAUGCCUCAGUCAUGUUUCGUAAGUGGAGGGACAGCAAAGGCAAGGAUAAAGAAUAUGCAGAGAUUAUAAGGAAGCAGGUGAUGUCCACCAAGGUCGAUGCAGAGCGAGAUGGAGUGAAAGUACCAACAACGCUUGCUGAAUACUGCAUCCAGACCAAAGUGCCUUCUCACGACAGUAGCUCCGACCUGCUCUACGACGAUCUGUAUGACGAUGACAUCGAGGAAGAGGACGAUGACGAUGAUGAGGCAGAGGCUGGCGGGAUAGGUGGAGAAAUGGCCGGGGACUGUUUUGGCGAUGAAGAUGACUCUGGCAACGAGGAGUCUUGACCUCCUUCCACUGUUUACAUGACACUCUGACCUUCACCCUCUCACUAUUCUUAACCCUAAGAGCCUCAUGUUUCAGAUUAUCUCUUCUCCCUGUGCUAAGGUUUUAGCACAAGGAGUGUGUUUUUCACUUUUUCGGUUUUGAAAACAUAAGAACUUCAGAUCUUUGUCCUUACCACACCUCACAGUUCCUCAGUAAAGUACACUGUAUGAUCCCUGACAUCUUUCUGGGCUCAUAAAACACAAAGUCAUUCUAGUCACAUUUCACACCCCAAAUUCUCCUGCCUCUUAACCUCAGGGCUUUUGGAUAUUCAGAGCUUGUCAGACCACCUUACAAACAUUUCAAUGUUUUUUCCAGUUAUUUUUAAGGGUUAGUUUACCAAAAAUGAAAAUUCUGUAAUCAUUUACUCACCCUCAUGUUGUUCUACACCCGUAUGACUUUCUCCCUGUUGUGGAAUAUAAAAGGAGAAAUUUUAUAGAAUGUCCGAGCCGCUGUUUUUCAUACAACAAAAGCACAGUGACCAGAGGCUUUUAAGCUCCAAAAAGAAUAAAAAGCACCAUAAAAGCCUCAUAAAUGAAGUCCAUAUGCUAUAUUCUAAGUCUUUUAAAGCCAUGUGAUAGUUUUCUGUGAGGAUCAGACCGAAAUUUAAGUCGUUAAAGAUACUAGAAGCCAUUGGUUCUCUCUUGUCUUGAAACCAAACACAAUGCGGCAGUUUAAUUUGUCUUAUGUGUUCAACAGAAAAAAGAAAGUCAGAUGGAUUUCAAUGAGACAUGAGGGUGAGUCAAAGAUGACAGGCUUGCCACCCAUUACCAGCCAUUAAUCUGUACCUGGUGACACUUUCAUCGCCAACAAAUGAAUGUUUUGUUCAUUGCCCAGAUUUUCAACUGUCUGGAAUGGCCUUCACAGUAUAGGGCUUCACUAAUGCCACUCUCUAUCUUACCUAAUUUCCUAUUUCAUGUUGAGCAUUUUUCAGAAAAACAGGUAAGUAUUAAAGAGAGGAUGAAUAGAAAAUGAAUAACUUAUUUUUUUUU